AUGGCGGCACCGCCGGGGACCGCGGAGCCCCCACCACACACGUUCGCAGAUGUUCUCUCGAAAACUUCUUCUGAUCCCCCCCCCCUACGAACACCAGGAAGAUACAAAGGAAUGCCAGCGAUUUCUUUCACAGAUCAAGACAUACAGCAAUUUCCCCAGAAAUUUCGUUUUGCGCUGGUGGGUAAAUUUUCUAAAGGACGUCCAUCUAUGGCUGAGCUUCGUAUGACUUUCGAUCAGAUUGGCUUUGGUGGAGCAUUCUCACUCGGUCUUCUAGAUCAAAGGCAUGUACUCAUCAAUUUUGAUCUAGAAACUAACUUUCAGAGGUGUUGGCUCCGAAAAUCUUGGUCAGUUCGAGGCUUCAUCAUGAGGAUCUUUAAAUGGUCACCGGACUUCAGACUAGAUAUAGAAUCCCCAAUCGUUCCUGUAUGGAUUGCUUUCGAUGGACUUCCGGCUCACCUGCAGGAUAAAAGGGCUAUUUACUCUAUCGCCAACCUCAUAGGAACCCCGCUCAAGGUGGAUUCUUCAACUCUUUUGCACAACAGACCGUCGUUGGCCAGGGUUUGUGUAGAGUUGAACGUUAGCCAAAGCCUUCCGAAUCAGGUCUGGAUCACAAAUGGAUCUUACGGUGGAUUCAAUCAAAAAGUAACCUAUGAAUACAUCCCACCAUAUUGCAUGGGAUGUCGAAAAUUUGGGCAUCUUUGGUCAGAUUGUAGAAGCAACUACGUUGAUGAUCGCCCGCAAGAACCAUAUCGGGAACCCCCUAAGGAUCCCCCGCAAACAAUCACUCUACCUGCCCGUCAACCUCAUAUUGUUCCUCCUAGAAAACGCUAG